AGUGGGCUCCAGAGUCCCCAUGGAGCCUUUGCGCAAUUUGCGCACAAAUUUCGUUGUGCUGCCUGACUUGCCGCUGGAGGACGUGCUAGAGAUUUUUCAGUUCAUCGGCAUCUCCCAGCCAGAGAUUCUCCAGCUGGUGGACAUGUCGAAAGCCAUGAAGGAUGGCAUGGUGGACUGUUUGAAGAUCUUUGAUUGGAUAUGUGACACUUCGGGUGACCAGGCUGACAAUUCCAGCAACCAGGAUCAGAUCUCUCCGACUUCUCAGUGGCUUGAGAAGGACGAGAUCUUUGAAUUCCAAUUCCCUGCUGAGUUGGCCAUAAAUGUCCAAGCGAUGCCUGAAGAACUCUUGACCCAGCUGGCGGGAAGUGGAUGUCAAAUUCCUGAGGUCGAGGAUCGAGCGAUCGAGCUCAAGCAGUUGCUCUUUGUGUUAGCCUGCAUUCGCUGCGGAUGCCUUCAACAUUCUUGGUCUGAUCAGCAAGGCCGUGCUUUGACACCUGAAGAAGUGAACCUCUACCACUUGGUGGAUUUGCUGGUGAAGCCUGCCACCGCUGCAAGAGAGUGCAGCUUUGUGGAAUUGAUGGCUGAGGGGCCUCAGCCAUGCAAAUGGUUUGUCUCCCACUGGUGGGGCGAGCCAGUGUGCGAUUUUACUGCUUGCUUGCGACAGCAUUCCAAAGAUCGGAACCUCAGAAAGGCAACACUCUACUACUGGGUUUGUGCUUAUGCCAACAACCAGUGGAACGUCCGCGGCGAGAUCGGAGAAGAUCCUUCCGACAGCAGCUUCAGACGGGCCAUGAGAAAAGCCUCCGGUACAGUCUCAAUUGUGGAUAAGAGCGCUGUAUGCUACACGCGCAUUUGGUGUAUCUAUGAGACCUACAUUUCGACGCUGGAGCAAGCUUCCCACACUCAUGGCGAACGCUACCUCUUCGACAUCUACACCAAUGAGAACCCCGAUGCACGGGAGGCUGUAGGUAUCACUGAUGGCCUAGCAGCCAUCGACGGCACGGGCCCGAAGCAAGCGAGGAGAAAGCGGCACCGUGAAUGGCGCUUUCCUUUCGAGCUGAUACAGAAGGCCUUGGAUAUCAGGGUGGAGAAGGCUUUUGCAAGUCAGGAAGAGGAUCGGCGCAUGAUCUUGAACUCCAUUGCAGGGCUGGAGGAAUUGACACUUCCUCCCGCUGAAGUGCACGAAGGCUACAAUCUUCUGAACAAUGUGCUUCAUGGUCGCUUCUCGGCUGCUUCCUUUGCGAAAGCCUCUGCAACGCCUGGCGUUGACCUGGCGCGGCACGCGGAAGCUUUAUCCUUUUCCUUGCUGGAGUCGCUCACCAUCCACUUCGGUGGGGAUUGCCUGGAGAAGCUGAUGGACAAGGCCGUAGUGAUUUUGGCGGAGAACCUCCCAGAGACACUCACGGAUCUCUUCUUGGGAUUUCAGAGCUGCAGGAAACUGACGGACAUGUCGGCUGUGGCCUUGGGUGGUGCUUUGCAUCGGCUGAAGAAGUUGAAGCGAUUGGAAAUCCGACUCUCCUCAGGGCCCGACAUUUCAGACGAAGGAGUCUAUGCUUUGGCCCAAGGCCUGAGGUCUUGUGCCCACGUGCUAGAGUGGCUCUCGCUGGACUUCAUGGGCAACAAGGGAAAGAAGAAGAUCUCGGAGGAGCUGGCAGUACAGAAAUUUGGCCAAGGGUGAUCUGGUCAAACACUUGGCCAAAGCGAAGGCUGCAGUGCCCUUGCUGCGAGCUUGGAACAGAUGCAGCAGCUGCAAAAGGUGCAUAUCUCCAUGGCGAGCGGAAGCAAGUCCUUGCGGAAUGCCUUGGCGAAGCUUGGGAUACAGCCGCUCCACCUGGAAGACGACAGCUGAGCAUGGUGAGGCCACCGGCAAGUACACCCUACAGGUGUCUUAAGAUGGGCUUAAGAUGUUUUGUGUUUCCACUUCUGGCGCUUCGUUUUGGUUUUGGUUGAGAGUUGAUGGACACAGGGAGCACUGUAGUCCAGACACUCAUGCUAAGUGAUGCUGCUCUCAGAGUCAUGCACAAAGC